CUUUUCUUCCUCUCUUCCUCUCUUUCUCUUCCUCUUCCUAUCCUCCCUCUUUCUUCUAUUCAUUCGAAUAACUAUCCAUCUUCUCUACUUCUGCAGCUUACUCUGUAUCUGCUCUUCUUUCUCUUCCUGUCUUGAAUUGUACGUCAACCCACCGCUACCUCCUCUAUCACUCACUCAAGACUCUAACACUCUCAGGUUCUCACGAUGAUUGCCCCCGUCCUCCGCAUAUAGCCCAGGCCUUUGCCUCUACUUCUACCUACUUCUCUCUCCACCAUCACCUCAUAACACCACACCUCCACCAUGCAGACCAUCAAAUCCAUCUUCUUCCCCGCGCCAUCAACCCGCCCCUCCUCCCCUCCUCUCGACACCGACGACUUCACCGACGAACAACCGGCCCCAGUCGACGAGCCCCCGGAACCUCAUUCCGCCCUGACCGAAGACUUCAAACGUCAGCUAUGUCUCUCGCCUCCUCGCAACCAGUCCUCCCUCCUCUCCAAAAUGCUCGCCUCCCCCGUCUCUUCUGACGCCGGCUCCUCCACCGGCGGCAUCGACGCCUUCUCAGACAGCGCCUGCACCUCCCGAAACACAACUCCUACUCCGCCUCCUCACUUCAGCCUGGCUCAGCCGACAAAGGGAAUCAUGCGUCCGACACCCGUCUCCCACGACCCGCGCAACGCCGCUCACACCACCACUCUGCAAGAGUCCUCUGAACUCUGCGUGCUCAAGCGAACAAUCAAGUUUGCCUGCACCGGCCAGGGCAAAGAGUCCUCUCGCGAGCCGUCUGCCUCUUCAACCCUUACUGUCGACCACAGCGAUGCCGAAAAGAGCGAUCAUGAUCUCCAUCCACACAUCCACCAUCCACAGCCACAGCGCAUCUUGCGCGUCGAUGACGUCUUGUUGAAGGAGCGCGAGAUCUGCAAACUGAAUGCAGAGGUCGAGGCUGAGGACGAAGAAGACGACGAUCAGGAUAACGACGAUGCUGAUGAAAAGGACGAGGAUGACAAUGAGGUCGACGACGAGGAUGAAGAUGAUGAUGAUAAUGAAGACGACGAUGUUGAAGAAGACGACGAUGAAGCUGCUGAGGAUGAAAAUGAGAUUGAAGAGAACGACAACGACGACGAUGAAGACAUGGGCGAUGCUACCCCGCAUGUCCUGCGUCUUCAGCGUACGCCACUCGUCGAAUACGAGUCUGACUCUUCGUGCUCGACAAUCUCUGACGGAGGUUACGCCUCUGACGCCUCAGGAGAUUUCUCUGACGUCGACAACGCGGACCAAAAUGGCGAGCAGAUAACUUUCGCGGCCUACCCCCCUCCCGGAAGCUUCCCAAACCCCCUACGUGCGCACUACCAGAAACCACGAAAGUAUGUUCACCGAGAACGGAUUCAGCGGCCGGCGACGCCACCGGCCAACAUGAUUCCCGACUCUAGCGAUUUCGUCUGCGGUACCUUUGACGAAGACCGUCCGAUCGAAGUCGCAUACUUCUCCGCACUGGACGAGCGGCACCGCGAGGCGCACGAGCUGUGUCCUCAAGAUAUCGACCCGUCGUUUCCUGAAGAGAUGGACGAGAACGACGACGACGACGACGACGAUGACGACGACGAGGAUGCGGCAGAGACAGCAGGCAAGACCAAGCCCAACGCGGGCGCGACGGCGGCGUAUGCAGCAGUUGCAGCCGCCGCUGCCGCCGCUGCAGCUUCGCGACGGGCAAUGACGACGUCAAACACAGAAUCGGACGCGCCUGGCGAGCGACGACGAUGCCGAUCCCCGCCGCCCGCGUCUAGACGAUCGAUGCAAGUCCGUCACCAUCGUUGGGAGACGAAGGAGGCUGUUGCGGGCGGGAAGGCGGCUAGUUUCCAGCACCCGCGUGGACAUGCGAUGAAGGCCGCUGCCGCGAGAGCGAAGAACAGCAACACAGGUAAUAACAGCAACAGUCAGAAGAAGAAAGUACGCGGGGCGAUUGAUAUAGUCAAAGGUCUCGAGCGGAAGAACAAUCGGCGGAGAGACAGUCGAAAGCACCAUCACCACCAUCACCGACACCACGACGUUGCGCCGGGGGAGGGAGUUGAGAAGAUGCGGCAGCUGGGAUUGAUUGCUGUGAAGAAAGGCGAGAAUCCGUAUGCGGAGUGGAUGUUGUCGGUGUAGGUGUAGUCAUGACAGAGAUGAGAUGAAUUUUUCAAAAGUUUCUAUGUAUUUGUAUAGUAAGGAAGGGGAUACUGGGUGCAUGUUUUAUAUUUUAUUCUAUCGGUCGAUGAUGCCGUCGUUAUGAUUACCAGGUUGUAUAUAUCAUUCAGUCUUUUGUAUGUAAGAAAAUCGAGGAGACAGUAAAUACAUUCAUUGCAUAUUGAAUAUGUG